UGAAAAUAUAUUCUUCUUCAUUUCUUAUCAUUUACGAUUCUCCAAAAGAGGCGAUUCCUUUUGUAAAUUACAGCCUUUUGAUUGCUUCUACAGAGAGAUUUCCAGUCUAUGGAGGUGAAGCCGACGACCUUCCUACCGGCAGCUCUGAUCCUGAUUAUUAUCACCGGCACUGUCGCCGCCGCCGCCGACGAUUAUGUCCGGCCUCAGCCGCGAAAGCUCAUACAUUUCCCCUGGAGUCGGAAGUCUGCUACUUACCCACAACAGGUGCAUAUCUCAUUAGCAGGAGAUCGUCACAUGCGAGUGACAUGGGUUACUAAUGGUGCGCAUGCAUCAUCAAUUGUUGAAUAUGGAACAUCGCCUGGGAAGUACAUCUCUAUAGCUGAAGGAGAGAGUACUUCAUAUAGUUAUUUGUUCUAUAGAUCUGGAAAGAUACACCAUACAGUAAUCGGGCCUCUGAAUCAUGACACUUUAUACUACUAUAGAUGUGGAAGUGAAGGUCCUGAGUUUCAGUUGAAAACCCCUCCUUCUGAAUUUCCAAUUACUUUUGCUGUGGCUGGGGAUUUAGGUCAGACUGGUUGGACUAAAUCAACAUUGGAUCACAUAGACCAAUGUAAAUAUGAUGUACACUUGCUUCCUGGAGAUCUUUCCUAUGCAGACUAUAUCCAAUCUCGAUGGGAUACGUUUGGAGAGUUAGUUCAACCACUAGCAAGUUCGAGGCCGUGGAUGGUAACACAAGGGAACCAUGAAAAAGAAAAUAUAAUCCUACUUGAGGAUGGAUUUGUUUCUUACAAUGCUAGAUGGAAGAUGCCUUUUCAGGAGAGUGGAUCCCCUUCUAAUCUUUACUAUUCCUUUGAUGUUGCUGGGGUUCAUAUUAUCAUGCUUGGCUCAUAUACUGACUUUGAUGAGUAUUCAGAUCAAUACAGCUGGCUGAAGGCUGAUCUAUCGAAAGUGGAUAGAAAGAGAACGCCUUGGCUACUUACUCUAUUUCACGUUCCAUGGUAUAACACUAACUGGGCUCAUCAAGGUGAAGGGGAUGAAAUGAUGGCUGCCAUUGAACCAAUUUUAUAUGCUUCCGGUGUUGAUAUUGUCCUUUCUGGGCAUGUGCAUGCAUAUGAACGAUCAAAACGUGUAUAUAAAGGUAGACCGGAUCCUUGUGGCGCUGUGCAUAUUACUAUUGGCGAUGGAGGGAACAGGGAGGGUUUAGCUCACAAGUACAAAAAUCCACAGCCGGAAUGGUCACUCUUCCGUGAAGCUAGCUUUGGUCAUGGUGAGCUGAGGGUAGUCAAUUCAACACAUUCCUUUUGGGAAUGGCACAGAAACGAUGAUGAUGAGCCCAAGAGGUCGGACCAGACAUGGAUUACCUCUUUGGCUGGUUCAGGAUGCCCUUCUUCUAACAAUAGGCCUGAACUAAGGACUCUACUCACGUCACCCUAGAAGUUAGAACGGUUAAAACCAGAUAAAUUGCUUAUAACUCUUUCUUAAGAAGUUCUUUUUCUAUUUUUAGAAAAAGCAAUAAGUUCUUCUGAGAUAUACUGUGCCAUGCUUGUACAUAUACAUGUCUUGAAUGUUAUUGCUGGCAAUAUUGUCUAAUAUAUAUAUUGAAAUGCAUUGAAACUUGAAAGGAAUAUACAUUUGAUAUAA